UGCCCGCAGCCACUGCAUCCAGCAGAUCCUCGAGGCCGUGCUCCACUGUCACCAAAUGGGGGUCGUCCACAGGGACCUCAAGCCGGAGAACCUGCUCCUGGCUAGCAAAUGCAAAGGGGCGGCCGUGAAGCUGGCUGACUUCGGCCUCGCCAUCGAGGUGCAGGGGGAUCAGCAGGCCUGGUUCGGCUUCGCCGGCACGCCCGGCUAUCUCUCCCCCGAAGUCCUGCGCAAAGAAGCCUACGGCAAACCUGUGGAUAUCUGGGCAUGCGGUAAGAGCCGGCCUCGUCCCCGGCCCCAUCCCAGGUCCUGUUCUGGUUCCCAUCCCUGUCCCCAUCCUCAUCACCAUCCUGGUUCCUAUCCUGGUUCCUAUCCCAUCUCAUCGCGGUCCCCAUCCUGGUUCCAUCCUGAUCCCCAUCGCAGUCCCAUCGCAGUCCCAUCCCUGUCCCCAUCCCAAUUCUCAUCUUGGUUCCUGUCCUGGUGCCCUUCCUUGCCCCAUCCCAGUCCCAUCCUGAUCCUCAUCCUGGUCUCCUCCCUGUCCCAUCCUGGUCCCUAUCUCAGUUCCCUACUAGUUCCCAUCCUGGUUCCUAUUCUGGUCUCCAUCCCGUCCCCUUCCUUGUCCCAUCCCAGUCUCACCUUGGUCCCCAUUCUGGUCCCAUCCUAAUUCCCAUCUUGGUCCCCAUCCCAA